AUGCAUAUUCUCGUGACAAACGACGAUGGACCGCCUUCCAACCAGUCUUCUCCAUAUAUCUUGCCUUUUGUCAAGAACCUCGAGGAAGCUGGCCAUUUUGUGUCCGUCAUAGUCCCGGAUACUCAACGGUCGUGGAUAGGCAAAGCCCAUAUGGUCGGUCAAGACGUGCGAGCGUCGUUCUACUGGCCGCCGAGCAAUAACCCGGAGAUCCACCACGACGCGGUGUCAGAAGGUGACAAUGGCAAGCAACCUUGGGUCCUGGUCAACUCGACACCCGCCGGUUGUGCACAACUGGGCUUGAGCCACUUCUUUCACGAGCGAGGUCCUAUCGACCUGGUCAUCUCUGGUCCCAACUAUGGCCGCAACACAACAGCUGUCUUUGCUCUAUCGUCAGGUACUCUAGGUGCUGCAUUAGAAGCAAGCGUCUGCGGCUACCGAGCCAUAGCCCUCUCCUUCGCCUUCUUCGACCGCAAGAAUGACCCUGAAAUUGUAGCAGAAAGCUGCAGACAGAGCGUAAGAGUCUGCGAAUGGCUGGCAAAGAACGCCAAAUGGGACCCCGCCCAACUCUACAGCGUCAACGUCCCCGUCAAGAAAGGAGUGCUCGACUCUCGAAUCUCCUGGACGAAGAUGCUCCAGAACCAAUGGCAGAAAGGCGCAUGCUUUCAAGAGCUACCACUAGCUGCUGGCGUUGAUGACCCAGCUACUGAGGAGGCAGAGCUGAGGAAACAGGAGAGUAGAGCUUUGGGUGCUGAACAGAGUGGGACUGCUACGCCGGCGAAUCAAUGGCGACCUAGGCAUUUCAAGUGGGCUCCGAGAUUUACGGAUGUUUAUGAUAGUGUGCUGAAGAAUGGGCCUGGGUCGGACGGGUGGGCUGUCAAAGAGGGAGAGACGAGUAUUACUGCUUUGAAGGCGAACUUCAUGCAUGCCGAGGGAUACGAAGGGGAGGUGAAGUUGUAG